AUGCAGCGUUUUAGAGCCGUAUGCCAGGGUUCAUGCAAUGCAACUGCAGAAUGUGGCAAGUACGCCCCAAAGGGCAGCUUCGACUGUCCGUUGAAUGUCUGCUGCAGCAAAUGGGGUUAUUGCGGUACAACAGACGAUUUCUGCAACGAUGAAUGUCAAAAUGAGAACGGCUGUCUGCCGGUUCUACGCCCAGAAUGCUCCGCGAGCGACGACGCAAUGGCACUGGAUGUGCGUAUUGGGUACUACGGCCUGUGGGCAGCUAGCAGAGGCUGUGACAAUUACUUGCCCGAGAACAUUCCCGCCGGAGCCUUGACGCAUAUCAAUCUUGCUUUUGAAUAUGUGAGCGAAGGUCAUGAGAUCACGGACGCCCAGGGUCAGGGUCCCAUCGUGGCUCGUGUGUCGCGGCUGAAGAAGAAAUAUCCCGGUCUACGAGUGAAUAUCGCCCUUGGCGGUUGGGUGUUCAACGACCCCCCGACUCAGCACCGGUUCUCUGACAUGGCGUCCACCGUGCCAAAUCGACAGAAGUUCAUUGCAUCCCUGAUCCGGUAUAUCCGGCGCUACGGCCUCAAUGGUGUCGAUAUCGACUGGGAGUAUCCGGUUGCAGACGACCGCGGUGGCUCGACGCUCGACUACGACAACUUUGUCCUUCUUUGUGCGGAUAUCCGCGAAGCCUUCGACAGAGAGGAUCCAGGGUGGCAGCUGACCAUCACUCUUCCGGCCAGCUACUGGUACCUACGCGGGUUCAACUUGAACAAUCUCGAAAAAUACGUCGACUGGUUCAACGUCAUGACCUACGACAUCCAUGGGAUCUGGGACCAGAAGAAUGUCUGGACCGGCCCAUACCUGAAGGGCCACACCAAUCUGACGGAAAUCGAGCAGGGCCUUGACCUGCUCUGGAGGAAUGGAGUAAGCUCCCACAAGGUCGUCAUGGGAUUUGGCUUCUAUGGCCGUUCGUUUACCAUUUCCGAUCUGUCGUGCACUACUCCGCCGACUUGUACUUUUGAUAGUGCUGGCUUUGCCGGGGAAUGUACCAACGAAACGGGCAUUCUCUCAUAUAGCGAGGUGAUCAGCAAGGAAGCCCAGCUAGGGUCAAAAACGUUCUACGACGAGGCAUCCUCCGUGAAAUGGAUGGUGUACGGCUCCAACCAGUGGAUAUCCUUUGACGACGAGCAAAGCUUCACGGCCAAAAAGAAGUACCUCACUUCGCGCUGUCUGAAGGGUCUCAUGAUCUGGUCCAUCGAUCUAGAUACCCAAGACCACCAGGCGAUGACCGGCCUAUUCGGGGAAGCGGCAAUGGAGGGCGCUCUCAGGGACACCGGGCUUGAUCCAGAGGAAGCUGAACAGUUGGCCUCCGAUCUUUCGGCAUGGACUGGGGAGCUCUGCUAUACCACACCUACCUGCACAGAUGGCAGUCGCGAUCAGCGCGGGCCAGAUCAGGUGUGUCAGAGUGGCUACACAGCGGUCGAGAUGGCCCAUGCCCCGGUCCAGAAGAACGGGGACUUCCCCAUGCACGGCGAGUGCGCGGAGAAUUGGUGGCGAUACAUCUGCUGCCCGACAAAAGCCAUGCCGCAGAAUUGCGGGUGGGUGGGAGCCCCUGAACGCUCAGCCUCUGGCUGCGAUCGUGGCUGCGGAGCAUCGCAGUUUGAGCUCAACUACGACACAUACAUUGAUGCAAAGGGACAACGCAACUGUUACACAGGAGAACGGAGUCUCUGCUGUGACAGCACGGAGAUCCUGAACAAGUGUCACUGGACCGGCUGCGAUCUUGUUCCAGUGGGGAGCCAGUGUGGUAGCGAUGAGGUCUCGGUUGGCAUGCGCUAUGAUGAUGAUAAGGGAGGGCUGUGUGGCACUGCGUGGAUGGGCGCGGUGCGUGAUAACGACCGUCGGCAAUACCGGGAGUUCUGCUGUCCAAAAAGUGACGCUUUUGCGAACUGUGACUGGGCCAUAAAGGACUGCAAUCCAGGGCAGUGCCCGAAGAACAAGUUGGAAGUCACCACGGCACAGACGCCGUCCUGGAUCUACGACAAUUCACUGUAUUCAUCGAGCCAGUGCUAUGGGUUCCAGAUCCCCGAGAUGAUGAGUCCUGACUUCAAGCUCUGCUGCGAUCCCCCCUCCCGGUACAACGAAAAAUGGCCCGUCGAACCAAAGUAUCUCUGGAGCCACUAUUACGACGACGCUGGUGACGAUGUCACUUGGGAGUUCAGCGAUAACUUCGGCAACAACAAUAAAGACACAAGACCGGACGAUAUGGAAGACGAUCCGGGCACCGAUCCCUACGGUUUUGUCAUGCUGGAUGGCCCCCCUGGCUCGAUCAACAAUGCGUUUGGUACGCAGUACACCGUCGUGACCCGCGAUGAGCCAGUGAAUGUCAAGAAGAGGAGCAUUGUCACUACAAACCAGACGAUUAUGGACGCAGUCUUUGACCACUCAGAAGAGACCGUUCUCGUCUAUUGUAACUAUCCUGCCGACUCCAAGGAGUGUCGUCAGACCUUCUACAAAGGGGCCGAGGACACCAUUAUCAGGCUCCCGGACCACAUUGGGGAGGGCCCCUGGGCACGAGUCGUCUCCAUGGUGCCCGUAGAACAGCUAUCGAAGAGGGAUCUGCCAGAGUGGGCCAUCCAGAAAAGAGAUGCCAGUGAGAACCAGAAUGGCAUCUAUUCCCUAACGUUCGACUACAACUUCCACUUGAUUAAACGAGACGAUGAACAAGUCAACAUCCGCGUGGACUACACGAACCUUCUGCCGUACUGGGAUGAAAUGACCAACUCUCCUGCGUCCACGCGGAAGCGUUCAACAGACGAGGCUCUGACCUUCUCGGAAUGGAAGGUCCGCGUGGAUCGAGCAAAAGUGCUGGACACCGAACGCUCCUCACAGAACCACACGGGGAGACUGAGUGUCCGAUCCAGUGACAGCAGCGUUCAUCGUCGGUGGUGGGGUGUAUUUGUGGACUGGGUCAAGAAGAUGACCACCGUCACAAAGACAGAUGGCGGCAUGCUGCCUAUGGGGCUAGUGCGGUCUCUGGUUCUCUAUAGCGGACGCCUGCAGUGCUCCAACGACGCAGGCAUAACUUUCAAGACCGGGCUGGAUAUCACAGCCGACUUUAAUAUGGAGAUGAACGCUCGAUAUUCCUACUACUUUUCGGGAACCGUCGUGCCACCAACGGUCACAGAUAUGUUUGCUUAUGUGGGAGUGCACCCGCGGGUAUACGCAGGGGUGGGGAUAUCAGGAAACGCAGAGCUCAACUACCCUAGCGAACGGAAGAAGAUUAUCGAUACGUUGACCUACCCCGGUCUGGCAAUCAAAGGAAUCGCAGCCGUGGGACCAACCAUGGAUCUUUGGGGCCAGAUCAGCGGCGGAGUGACGGUCUCUGGAGACCUGCGAGUCGGAAUGACAUAUCAGUUCAAGCCCGUCGAGCUGUACUUCCCCAAUGACGACGAGGUCAGCAACAACCUGGACGUUAAAGACAUGGAAGAAGCGCAGGUCAACAACCAAGGGCUGGAACCCUCAAUCUCGGGCAAUGUCCGCGCCGCUGUCGACAUUAACAUUGACGUCACGCCGGAGAUCAACCUGGGCAUCAAGAUCGGCGGAGGAAUUGGGCCUCUCAAAGGCACGCUGGCCGACGCUCAUGUGUCUGCAUUUGCCAACACGACGCUCAACUUCCAUGCGGAAGCAUCGGGUGCGCUCGAAAAUGGCAACCAGGGUUAUUCGUUUGGAUAUUCGGUGAACUUUCUUUACAGAUUCGGUUUCGGUUGCGUGGCCGAGAUCUACAAGUAUGGCAAAUGGACGAGCGGUAUUUGGUAUCCGUUCCCUCAGAACGUGAUUCCAAUCAUUUCCAAGACGUUUUCCUCACUCCCAUCCACGAAGCGAUCUCUUGAUCAUGGGCCGUUGCUCUCCGAGGAGCCUCUACCUGGUGCUAUCUUCGGUGUCGGCCCAGAGAGACAUCGGACCGACAGUGCUGUCCUCGACUUGCACGUCGACCCGUACCCUACCUACGGCAACGCAUCCCUCGAGAAGCGCCAGGAUUCACCCCAGUCAGGAAAAGAGCCGCAAUUCACGCUUGGAUCAUUCCGGUGCACCACCUCUACUGGAAGCGUCUGUGAGGCUUUCGUUCCGAGCGAAAGCAUGCAACGGCGCGACCUCAUACCUAUGCCCGAGGACACUCAUGAGCUCCAAAAAAGAGAAACGCCAACGGACUGCAAGAAUCGCAUACCCCGUCUUUACUACAACUGCGUGACCUUCUUCUCUGACGUCGCGUUCCAGGGACCUGCGGGGACAGCGCAGCUGUCCGGCAUCUGCACUAAUGUUCGAAAGUUCUUGGACAAUAACAAUCGCCCCAAUGACGGUUAUACCCUGACCUGGGAGUCUUCUAACCAGGAGCCACGAAGAAGACAAGUUUGUAAGAGUGGCGCCUGCGCGGAAGACAACGCGAACUACCGGCAAGCGGCCCUGGGGACGACAACCGCGACGACGACCUUGACCAGCUGCGAUGAGUUUCCCUUUGCAUCCACCGAGGAGGGUGGAGCUGAUUUCCUCGGCGUGAACCCCGAAGUGAAGACAGGCACCGUGAGAACCUGCGUUCCAAAAUGGCAGAACGAUUGCCAGGGAAUGUGCCAUAACUUAUUAAACAACCUCGAAACCAAUGUCGAAUAUUUCAACACGUACGGCAGUCCGACGCUGGAUAAUGCGCAUUGGGUCCGCUGGAAUAAUGGCGGCUGGACGCGGAAAGGCGGCCUCGGAGGUAGACAACGUCUGUCCACGUAUGGGACGACGCGCAUUCCAAAGACACGUGUCCCCGGCUUGAAUCAUGCGGAUCAGGUCAGUCCAGACAACCUGGGUUACUACCACAAGCGGAACUUUACCCUGUUCCUCUCCUAUCCACGCGCUGGCCAGAACCCGGAUAGCCAAUGGCCCGACCAGUCCUUCACCAGGGGGACGAUCACCGGGAAAUCCGGGAACAAAGGUCCCGCUACGGACGUCGUCGGCUCUUCCACGUGGGUGAUUUGCGCCGUCAAUACCAUGGGCCAGCAACGCUAUCAAUAUGCGGGAGCCAACGGGAUGUGUACCGAUGGCCGAACUACAAAGAAGACAUGGGACGGGCUCUACGAUAUGUUGGUCUAUUAUCAGUGCAAAAUCAGCUUUACCGGGUCCGCUGGACCAACGAAGAGAGAUAAUACUCCGCUGGGAUAUCUGGGAGGUGACCCAUACUAUUCCAUUGAGCGAGUCGAGGGAACCGAGCGCACAGUCCUUCUACCCAAGGACUGGGACGGUCAGGAACUGCGGGAGUCAUGGGUGGUCCCGGAUAGUGAGGAUCUGGAAGAGGGAGACUUUACAGAGGAGGAAUCUGGGUAG